AUGACAUCAAACAACGACAUUCUCAAAUCGUCCCUACUUGCUCUCGAGGCCUCGGCCCGUGGCAUCGUCAGCGUUUCCGCUCUGCGUGGCGGUGAAUUCACCCUUCCCAAUAGUCUUUUUGUGUCAGGGGUUUCCCUCACAGAGAGGGUUCUGGUGCCUUCACUCUCCUUCUUGAUCGUACAGAAAUGCAAGAAAAAUGGCGCUAGGCGCAUUCUAUUUGACCUGGGUCUUCGCCGCGACACUGGCAACUAUUCGGAACCGAUACAACAUCAUUUAAAAAGUCGGCAACCAAUACUACCCCUCCCAGACGUGCGCCAGAGCCUGCUCGAAGGUGGUCUGAGUCCGGGAAGUAUCAAUCAAGUCGUGCUCAGCCAUGUUCACUGGGAUCAUAUCGGAACGCCAUCCGACUUUCCCGCAGCAGAAUUCUUCGUCGGUGCGGGAUCUCUCAACCUGCUUAAGACUGGCCUGAACGGGCACUUGUCUCACUCUAACUUUGAAUCCGACCUCUUCGACAACGUCGAAGUUAAAGAGUUGUCGCGCUCCGCAAAGAUGGCAUCUGAAAUGGAUGAUAGCUGGCACGACGUUGGCGGGCUGAAGAUCUUCGAUUUUGGAGGUAGCGACAGCGGCUCACUCUACAUUGUCGACUCGCCCGGUCAUCUAAUCGGCCACAUCAACCUUUUAGCACGAAUAGGCACUGGGAAAUGGGCUUUACUUAUUGGGGACGCCUGUCAUGACCAGCGUUUGCUUCAUGGAAGGGAAGCCAUUGCAGAAUGGACAGAUGAUACAGGACGGACGUGCUGUAUCCACAUGGACAAAAUAAAGGCUGCCGAAACUCUUAAAAAGAUUUCAGAGUGGACGGAGGCGUUCAAGACAAGCGGCAUGUCUUUGGAAGUUAUAUUUGCUCAUGACGCGGAAUGGGCAAAUACUCAUAAGACCGCUUUCUUCCCUGGAACAAUCUAG